GCGUUCCAUCGCUCGCUCGCUCUCUCGCUUUGCUUCGAGCUGAGAAUGCACCUAAGGAUGGCGUCGCCGCCGCAGCCCGGGCCGUACAUGCCGGACCUGCCGGCGGUGCCGGCGUGGCUGAACAAGGGCGACACCGCGUGGCAGCUGGUGGCGGCGACGUUCGUCGGCAUCCAGUCGAUGCCUGGGCUGGUGGUGAUCUACGGCAGCAUCGUGAAGAAGAAGUGGGCCGUCAACUCCGCCUUCAUGGCGCUGUACGCCUACGCGUCCACGCUUAUCGUGUGGGUGCUCGUCGGCUUCCGCAUGGCGUUCGGCGACCGGCUGCUCCCGUUCUGGGCCAAGGCCGGGCCGGCGCUGACGCAGGACUUCCUGGUGCAACGCGCGGUGUUCCCGGCGACGGCGCACUACGGCAGCGACGGCACGCUCGAGACGCCGCGCACCGAGCCGUUCUACGCGGAGGCGGCGCUGGUGCUGUUCGAGUUCGAGUUCGCGGCCAUCACGCUGGUGCUGCUCGCCGGGUCGCUCCUGGGGCGGAUGAACAUCAAGGCGUGGAUGGCGUUCACCCCGCUCUGGCUCCUCUUCUCCUACACCGUCGGCGCGUUCAGCCUCUGGGGCGGCGGCUUCCUCUACCAGUGGGGCGUCAUCGACUACUCCGGCGGAUACGUCAUCCACCUCUCCUCCGGCGUCGCCGGCUUCACCGCCGCCUACUGGGUGGGCCCGAGGCUGAAGAGCGACAGGGAGCGGUUCUCGCCGAACAACAUCCUGCUCAUGAUCGCCGGCGGCGGGCUGCUGUGGUUGGGCUGGGCCGGGUUCAACGGCGGCGCGCCGUACGCCCCCAACGUCACCGCCACGGUCGCCGUGCUCAACACCAACGUCAGCGCCGCGACGAGCCUCCUCACCUGGACCUGCCUCGACGUCAUCUUCUUCGGCAAGCCCUCCGUCAUCGGCGCCGUGCAGGGUAUGAUGACGGGGCUCGUCUGCAUCACGCCCGGCGCCGGGCUGGUGCACACGUGGUCAGCGAUGCUGAUGGGCAUGUUCGCCGGCAGCGUCCCGUGGUUCACGAUGAUGAUCCUGCACAAGAAAUCCACCUUCCUCAUGAAGGUCGACGACACCCUCGCCGUCUUCCACACCCACGCCGUCGCCGGCAUCCUGGGCGGCGUCCUCACGGGCCUCCUCGCCACGCCGGAGCUCUGCGCUCUCGAUUGCCCGAUCCCGAACAUGCGCGGCGUCUUCUACGGCAGCGGCAUCGGCCAGCUCGGGAAGCAGCUCGGCGGCGCGCUGUUCGUCACCGUCUGGAACCUCAUCGUCACCAGCGCCAUUCUCCUCUGCAUCGGCCUCUUCAUCCCGCUCCGCAUGUCCGACGACCAGCUCAUGAUCGGCGACGACGCGGCGCACGGGGAGGAGGCCUACGCUCUGUGGGGGGACGGUGAGAAGUUCGACGUGACGCGGCCGGAGACGACGAGGACGGGAGGUGCAGGCGGCGCGGGCAGGGAGGACACCAUGGAGCAGAGGCUGACCAACAUGGGAGCCAGGGGUGUCACCAUUCAGUUGUAGAAGACGGGAAGGGUGUGCUUGCUCGUUCCAGUGAUUCUGAUGAUGUAUGGCACUGAUGUAUGUUACUUUCAACGUUUAGUGUUAAUUCGGUGAUGUAAUGCUGGUGUAGUUUCUGUUAUUGUUAACUGAAUUAGUUCA